AAUCUCCUACUACUCGUACGAACUGUAGAUAAUAUUAUGAUGUUAAAAUGUGCGGGUAAGGUAGGCAACUUGAGAGUUGAGUCAGCUGCUUGUCAAUAGUACCGCGAAUAGAUAAUCAAAUUCACUCACGUGCGUUGCGUUUGCCAAAUUAAUAAACUAUAAUAUAUUUUAUAGACAUUUCACUUUAAACCUGCGUGCGGUUGUAAUGCACAUAACGUCGCGAUACUGCUGCAGAUUUCCCAUAAAACGCGAUCGAAUCAUUUUUACCGGAUAAUAAUAUUAUUGAUCAAUUUAUUAGUAUUCCGUUUGUUUGGAGAUUUGUCAUAACAUUUUUUUAUCUCCGAUUAUAGUUAAAUUCUUUUAUAAUAUAUUUCUAUGAAAUCGUUACUAUAUUGUGUUCGUUGAAAUGGAAUCUAAUCUGAGUGGCGACACUGCACUGGCAGCUAAUGUAAUAAUUAGCUGUAUUAUUUAUACGUCGAUUGUUUUUAUCGUAUCGCUCGUGAUAAAAAUAUCGUUAAGGACGUGCCAAGAUAGACUGACGUUCGUAAGUCACGCAGAUGACGCAAAAUAUCACCUGACAUCGUUGUCCAUGGAAAUCGUUGAAAUCACCGAACAAUACUGUUACACGAUGAAUAUCGGAAUAAUACUGAAGUUGUAUAUACUAUCGGGAAAGAUGGUCGUGGUAAUAUUGUUAAAACUGAUUUGUAAUUAUUUGAUAAAAUUAACGACAAAUUCGUGUUCGUAUUACGUAUUUCGUACAAAUUUAGUGUUCGUAGUUUAUCACAUCAGUCCGUUGGCAUGGUCUGUGGUAACUAAAUUGCGCAACUACAUUAUUCGACCUAAACGGCAUCGUAGACGAGAAAAUACGACGAGUCCUCCGGAUGAUGGCCAUAUUAUUACCAACAAUUACAAAAAGACGUUGCGACAUAUUGUUAAACAAGACCUGUAUCAAGGUUUAAACGUCUUAAGAAGUGUAGUGGCAUUAAUCGCAUCUAGUUACAUUAGCAACAGGAGCAUUUUAGCGCUGUGGUCCGUAAACGUACUGAACACCAAGAGAACGUUCUUAAAGACCCGAUGCACAAGAAAUUUAAAACGUGUGGGUACGUUGAACGCGGCAAUCGGAGAAGCUAUCAUCACUUUCAUGUACUUGGCCAUGCAGUUGGGUUUGCGGAAGGUGUGCAAGUGCUUUCAUGUGUCUAAAAAUCUAUUGACUUCAUUCACACUGAUGUACAUAAAUAUGACCGCAUUCAAAUAUACCGGCGUGUUGAUGAAUCCAACUUACGCGACGGCCUUGGCAUACGGUUGUCCCGGACAAAUAAAUAAAGACCAUUUUAUCGUUUUUUGGAUCGGUCCGAUCGUUGGUGCUCUAAUCUUCAAAGACGUCAUCAACAUAGCACAAAUUAUGUCUAAUAUUAUGUUGUGCCGUCACUGUUAAAGUGGUAUAUACCUACCAAUUAUCAAAUAAUAUCAGUGUCACUAUACCACAAACUUUAUCCUUACUCCUUAGUACAAUGAAUUAUGAGCAACGAGAUAUCGAUUAUACCUUAGGUAUAUUACCUACUGGCAAC